AUUAUAUAUUACAACAAAAAGGGCAAAAGAAAAGCGCAAAUUUUAGCCAACAAAUGUUAAUGCAAAGUGCGUGAGUGUGUGUGUCCCUGUGUCUAUGUGUGCUGAAGUGUGUGAAAAUAUGCAAAGAAAAAAAAAAUAUUAUUCAAAUUUCCUGUAGGAAAUUCCUAAACGCAUUUUUUAAAAUAUAGCAAGCUAAAAAAAAGAAAAGAAACACAACAACAACAACAUCCAGCCAAGCAACUUGCUCAUUUUGUAGGAGCAGGCAACCAUCUCUCUCUCUCUCUCUCUCUGUCCCUCUCUAAUAGGAUUACGUCGCGUCGUCAUCUUGUUGUCAUCGAGUUCUUCAAGUGGGCAGUUUAAACCGGAUUAACACUUUCAAAGUUUGGGGGUAAAAACUGCCUCUUCUCGUCGUAGUCGUCAUCAUAAUCAUCAUCACCGACAUCAUCAUCAUCAUGUGCCUGGCGUAGCUGACUUAAGGCAAUUUGUCCAGCAGCAAUGUGGACUUAUAUGAUGGCUGCCGCCCGUGGAGAUCGGGUCAAUACAUUUCAGGAUAAACAGAGACGCCGCCCAGAAACCGAAUCCCCGAAAUAUGGUUACAACCUAUCCACCCGUCCCAUGUACCGGUCCUCACGUUUUGUUACAGCCGCCUCAUCGGCUCCAGCUCAGCUGCAGUUGCCCCAUACCAGUCACUCCAGUCAUAACAACAGCAGUCAUGGUGGUCAUACAACAAAUGUUCCACCGCCACCGCUGGAGGAAAUAAGCGGUGGUCUAUUUGCGCCGUUUACACCGACGGCGGAGCAUUUAAUUGCCAAUCAGUCAGCCAUUUCCAUACCUGAAGGCGGACUAAAGUUGGAUAAUCCUCAACUGAAACCCAACAACUACCCACGCAGAAGUUGGCUAGUGGAAGAUGACUCUGAUGACGACGAUGACAACGAUGAUGAUGAUGUUGACGAUGAGGAUGCACUAGACCAGCAUCAGCAUCAUCAUCAUCAUCAUCAUAACCAUCACCAGCAUCAUCAUCACGAAGAGAAACCGCAGUCACAGCAAGAGGAAGCCAUUGCCCAGGCGGACCAAUCGCAGCAUUCAAGUGUUGAGAAUUAUCUGGAGAAUGGCAGGAAACUGAUACAUGAGCCAACGAAACGCAGCAAACCCUCAGCCUUAAGACGCACCUUGCAGGCACUGCGACAACGUUUAACCAAACGGAGUCGUCCCAAACCGCCGGAUUGGUUUCUCGAGAAAUUCUCGAAUGCCACCAAUACGGAUAAAAUUGGCAAAACCAUGCAGGAUGCUGCCCUAUCGAGUGAAAUCCGUGGCUCCAGUGUCCUUUGCAAUCGUCUGUCUGUGGAUCCCACUCUGCAAUCACAUUAUCGUUGGCUGGCUGUUGUCUCGCUGGCUGUACUUUAUAAUAUCAUAUUUGUGGUGGGUCGUGCCGUUUUCUGGGAGAUCAAUAAAAAUGCUCCAGGCGUUUGGUACACUUUGGAUUAUCUAUGUGACUUUAUUUAUCUACUGGAUACCUUGGUGCACAUGCAUGAGGGAUUUCUGGACCAGGGUCUCCUGGUGCGAGAUGCCUUUCGCCUGCGACGACAUUAUUUCCAUACGAAAGGCUGGUAUCUAGAUGUUUUAUCAAUGCUGCCCACGGAUUUGGCCUACAUCUGGUGGCCGCCGGAGACAUGCUCCAGCUUGUAUCUGCCGUGUCCGGUGAUAGUGCGUUUAAAUCGUUUACUACGUGUUCCUCGGCUCUGGGAAUGGUUCGAUCGCACCGAAACGGCCACCGGCUAUCCGAAUGCAUUUCGCAUUUGCAAAGUGGUUUUAGCCAUUUUGGUGCUAAUCCAUUGGAAUGCCUGCAUGUAUUUUGCCAUUAGCUAUGAGAUUGGUUUCAGUUCCGAUUCUUGGGUCUAUAAUUUGAAUGGCACAAGGAAUAAUACAUUGCAGAGGCAAUAUAUCUACAGUUUCUAUUGGUCAACAUUGACGCUGACCACAAUUGGAGAGACACCGACGCCUGAGAAUGAUGCGGAGUAUUUAUUUGUGGUGGCUGAUUUUCUAGCUGGCGUUCUCAUCUUUGCCACCAUUGUGGGUAACAUUGGUUCCAUGAUAUCCAACAUGAAUGUGGCUCGGGUUGAGUUUCAGAAUCGCAUGGAUGGCGUGAAACAGUAUAUGGCCUUUCGUCGAGUGGGCCAUGAGCUGGAGGCUCGAGUGAUACGUUGGUUUGCCUACACAUGGUCUCAGAGUGGUGCCUUGGAUGAGGAGCGAGUGUUGGCCGCCUUGCCGGAUAAACUGAAGGCAGAGAUUGCCAUACAAGUGCAUAUGGAUACGCUGAAACAAGUGCGCAUCUUUCAUGACACGGAACCAGGUUUGCUGGAGGCUCUGGUGUUGAAACUAAAAUUGCAAGUCUUCAGUCCGGGUGACUACAUCUGCCGCAAAGGAGAUGUGGGCAAGGAAAUGUAUAUAGUGAAGAGAGGCAAAUUGUCGGUGGUGGGCGAUGAUGGCAUCACUGUGCUGGCCACUCUGGGUGCUGGCUCUGUUUUUGGAGAGGUUUCUGUAUUGGAAAUUGCUGGCAAUCGAACGGGCAAUCGUCGUACGGCCAAUGUACGUUCACUGGGCUAUUCGGAUCUCUUUUGUCUGGCCAAACGAGACCUGUGGGAAACUUUGGCAGACUAUCCCGAGGCCAGAUCCACUUUAACCCAACGUGGUUGUCAAUUGCUGCGCAAGGAUGGCCUACUGGAUGAACAGAUAUUUGCAGAUUCGCAGCGUGUUCAUGACAGCAUCGAAGGUGGCAUUGAGAAACUGGAAUUGUCCGUGGAGAACCUCAAUAUGCGUUUGGCACGCCUCUUGGCCGAGUAUACGGCCAGUCAGGCCAAAAUCAAACAGCGCCUGGCCAAACUGGAAAUGAACGGUGCUCCUGGCUCUGGUCCUUGGCGCUUAGAGUGUGAGCCUCAGACAAGGGGACGAAGCGGACGUCUCUAUUCCUUGCAGCCGAAACGGCGCCCACGUUCACGACCCGAUGCCAUGGCCAAAAGUGGCGGAGAUGUUGCCAAACAGAAUACACUCUAAGCCCAGUGUGAAAUAGCUAUCAACUUCUAAAUAGUUCAACUUCUCUUACCAAACCCCUUUCCCUGCUCUAUGGGUUUACUUUUUGUUUUUGUUGUUUUUUCUUUUUUUUUUUUUUGGCAUAGUGAUAAAUGCAUUAAACUUGCAGGAGUUAUGAGCAGAGAUAGGACCCAAAAAACUGACGACCACUGCUAGAAGAAGAACUCACGCAAUUUGACUCGACUUUUGGCUCGAUGCCAGUUUAGUUCAGUUCAAAGUCGUGUUGAGUUAACUUAGAGAGUUCUGGCAGGUAAAUCAAUUUUUAAUUUUUACAAUUAGUAAGCUGAGCCAAGUUUUGGUUUUUUGUUCGUUUUUUUUUUGGCUUGGGGGUUUCAAAAUGGAGAAAAACUUUAUAAAUUUGUAAUUUGAUUAAACGAAAAAAACUAAAAACCAAAAAACAAAACUGAAUGUGCCUCAACGAAAAGUGUGUGUAAACAUAGUUUAAAUUGAAAACAGAAAGAGAGAAAAUGGUGUGAGAUAAAUAGAGAAAGGGGUAUAAGAAACUUAAACCAUGUAAAUAAAAAACUUGUAUCUCAACACAAAGUAUAGUCCAAUUUUACAAAAAAAAAAGGAACAGAAUUUUAUAAAGAAAAAAACCAACCAGAACCACCUUGAAAAAUUUAAGACAUUUGCUGAACUUCUUCCACAGACACACACGUAAUAAUAAUGGUGAUGAUGAUGAUGAGUGGGGAGGGAGAAAAUGAAUGGGGGAAGAAGCUGCUGCAAAAGAAAAAUGUCAUUGGGGGAAAAUUGAGGAAACGAUAACUUAACAUUUUACUGCACAUGUUCUGUUCUAUUCGUAUGUUCGUUCAAUUACAUUCUAAGAAAGGAAAAACGCUUCCAAAGCCCAAGAAAAACAUAUAAAAACAAUGUAUUUUUUAUAUAUAUAGUAG